GUACAUGAUCACAUCCCUGGACCGCACCCAUGCUGGCUUCUACCGCUGCAUCGUGCGCAAUCGCAUGGGAGCCCUACUGCAAAGGCAGACAGAAGUGCAGGUGGCAUAUAUGGGGAGCUUUGAAGAGAACGAGAAGCAGCAGAGUGUCUCACAUGGAGAAGCUGCCGUCAUCCGUGCUCCCCGAAUCGCCAGCUUCCCUCGACCCCAGGUCACAUGGUUCCGUGAUGGGCGCAAAAUCCCCCCCAGCAGCCGCAUAGCCAUCACGCUGGAGAACACUCUUGUGAUCCUGUCAACGGUAGCACCUGAUGCUGGAAGGUACUAUGUGCAGGCUGUGAAUGACAAGAACGGAGACAAUAAAACCAGCCAACCCAUCACACUAACAGUGGAGAAUAUAGGUGGCCCGGCUGAUCCAAUUGCACCAACCAUCAUUAUUUCACCUCGCAACACUAGCGUGAUUGCCGGCACCUCAGAGGUGAUCCUGGAGUGUGUGGCCAAUGCCAGGCCACUCAUCAAGUUGCACAUCAUCUGGAAGAAGGACGGGUUGCCUGUGUCGAGUGGCAUCAGCGACUACAACCGGCGCCUGACCAUCCUGAAUCCCACUUUGAGUGACCGUGGCUACUACGAAUGUGAGGCUGUGCUGCGAAGUAGCAGUGUGCCUUCUGUGGUGCAGGGAGCCUACCUCUCUGUGCUGGAGCCACCUCAGUUUAUCAAGGAGCCAGACAGGCACAUCACAGCUGAGAUGGAGAAGGUGGUGCAGGUUCCUUGCCAGGCCAAAGGUGUCCCUCCACCCAGUAUGUUCUGGUACAAGGAUGCAGCACUGCUUGAAGUGGAGAAGCUCUCUCGUUUCCAGCUCCUCACCAAUGGGAGCUUGCAGAUCAGUGGGCUGGUGCCGGAUGAUACGGGCAUGUUCCAGUGCUUUGCCCGCAAUGCUGCUGGCGAGGUGCAAUCCUCCACGUACCUAGCCGUCACCAGCAUUGCCCCAAACAUAACCAAAGGACCUCUGGACAGCACCGUGAUCGAUGGGAUGGCUGUGGUGCUCAGCUGUGAGACUUCAGGGGCUCCCAGACCAGCCAUCACCUGGCAGAAAGGGGAGCGAAUCCUGGCUAGUGGCUCAGUGCAACUUCCUCGUUUUACACUGCUGGAGUCAGGAAGCCUCCUGAUCAGUCCUACACGAAUCUCAGAUGCUGGCAGCUACACUUGCCUUGCCACCAACUCCCGUGGUGUUGAUGAGGCAUCUGCUGAACUCGUUGUCUGGGCUCGGACACGCAUCACCAACCCCCCUCAGGAUCAGAGUGUCAUCAAAGGCACCAAGGCAUCUAUGACCUGUGGAGUAACCAAUGACCCCAGUGUAGUAGUACGGUUCAUAUGGGAGAAGGAUGGCACAGCAUUAAAUGUGGAGAACGUGCCCCGCAUGCGACUGGAUAACAUGGGCACUUUACACAUUGCCCAGACCUGGUCAGGCGACAUUGGCACCUACACCUGUCGGGUGGUAUCUGCUGGAGGCAACGACUCUCGCAGUGCCCACCUGCGAGUCCGGCAGCUCCCCCAUGCACCAGAAAACCCCAUUGCUGUGCUGAGCACUGUAGAGAAACGUGCCAUCAACUUGACAUGGACCAAGCCCUUUGAUGGAAACAGCCCACUGCUGCGCUACAUCCUUGAGGUCUCCGAGAACAAUGCUCCCUGGACAGUGCUGAUGGCUAGCGUGGACCCUGAAGUCGUCUCAGUGCUAGUGAGAGGCCUGGUUCCUGCCCGCUCUUACCAGUUCCGGCUAUGUGCUCUCAACGAUGUGGGCAAAGGCCAGUUCAGCAAGGACACAGAGAGGGUUUCCCUUCCUGAGGAACCCCCCACAGCACCUCCACAGAAUGUCAUUGCCAGUGGCCGCACCAAUCAGUCCAUCAUGAUCCAGUGGCAGCCGCCGCCAGAGAACCACCAAAACGGUAUCCUCAAGGGUUACAUCAUCAGAUUUUGCCUGGCUGGCCUUCCUGUUGGCUACCAGUUCAGGAACAUCACCAAUGCUGAUGUCAACAACCUGCUAUUGGAGGAUCUGAUCAUUUGGACCAACUAUGAGAUUGAGGUGGCAGCAUACAAUAGUGCUGGACUUGGUGUCUACAGUUCCAAAGUCACUGAAUGGACUCUCCAAGGUGUUCCCACAGUGUCUCCAGGUAACGUGCAGGCUGAGGCCACCAACUCCACCACAAUACGCUUCUCAUGGAACCCACCCAGCCCCCAGUUUGUGAAUGGCAUCAAUCAAGGCUACAAGCUCACUGCUUGGGAACCAGGACAAGAAGAAGACAUGAUGAUAGUAACGGUGCGGCCUAACUUCCAAGACAAUAUCCAUGUGGGUUAUAUUUCAGCUCUCAAGAAGUUCACAGAGUAUUAUACUUCAGUGCUGUGUUUCACCACACCAGGCGAUGGACCCCGCAGCCCACCACAGCUGGUGCGCACCCAUGAGGACGUUCCGGGUCCAGUCGGACACCUCAGCUUCAAUGAGAUCCUGGACACAUCUCUGAAAGUCAGCUGGCAAGAGCCUCUAGAAAAGAAUGGCAUUCUGACAGGCUACCGGAUCUCCUGGGAGGAAUACAAUCGCACGAACACACGUGUAACACACUACCUGCCUAAUGUCACACUGGAAUACCGUGUCACAGGCCUCACAGCCCUUACCACCUACACCAUUGAAGUCGCAGCUAUGACUUCCAAAGGACAGGGACAAGUUUCCUCCUCUACCAUUUCGUCAGGGGUUCCUCCAGAACUCCCAGGCCCCCCUACCAACUUGGGUAUCUCCAACAUUGGUCCCCGCUCAGUUACACUUCAGUUCCGCCCUGGUUAUGACGGCAAGACAUCCAUUUCCAGGUGGCAAGUGGAAGCUCAGGUUGGCCAAGUUGGUGAGAGUGAGGAGUGGACCCUCAUCCACCAACUGUCUAAUGAGCCUGAUGCCCGCUCUAUGGAGGUGCCCAACCUCAAUCCCUACACAUACUACAGCUUCCGCAUGCGACAAGUGAACAUCGUAGGAACCAGCCCACCUAGUCUGCCUUCCCGCAGGAUCCAGACCUUGCAGGCUCCACCUGAUGUAUCUCCUGCCAAUAUUACAUUACGCACGGCCAGUGAAACCAGCCUUUGGCUCCGAUGGAUGCCCUUGCCAGAAACAGAGUACAAUGGCAGCCCCGAGUCGGUGGGCUACCGUCUGCGCUACUCACACUUAGAUGGGCGCGGCCGCACACUGGCCCACACUAUCCAUGACCGUAUGGAGCGUGAAUUCACCAUUGAAGACCUGGAAGAAUGGACUGAGUACCGUGUGCAGGUGCAGGCCUUCAAUGCCAUUGGGCCUGGGCCAUGGAGUCAGACCGUGGUGGGGCGAACCCGGGAGUCAGUGCCUUCCUCUGGACCAACCAAUAUCUCAGCCCUGGCUACGACCUCCACCUCCAUGCUAGUACGGUGGAAUGACAUCCCUGAAGCUGACCGAAACGGGCUUGUUCUGGGCUAUAAGGUCAUGUAUAAGGAAAAGGACUCAGACACAAGGGCCCACUUCUGGGUGGUGGAGGGCAAUGCCUCACGGAGUGCCCAGCUCACAGGCUUGGGCAAGUAUGUCUUGUACGAGAUCCGGGUGCUUGCUUUCACCCGCAUUGGUGAUGGCGUGCCCAGCAAUCCACCCAUCCUUGAACGCACAUUGGAUGAUGUGCCUGGGCCUCCCGUUGGCAUCCUCUUCCCGGAAGUGAGAAAAACUUCUGUACGGCUCAUCUGGCAACCACCCUCUGCUCCCAAUGGCAUCAUUCUGGCCUACCAGAUCACCCACCGCCUCAACACCACCACUGCCAAUUCAGCCAGUGUGGAAAUACUCAACCCCAGUGCCCGCCAAUUUACAGCUACUGGUCUUAGACCUGAGUCCACCUACCUCUUCCGUAUCACAGCUCAGACCCGAAAGGGCUGGGGCGAGGCAGCAGAGGCACUGGUGGUCACCACUGAGAAGAGAGACCGUCCCCAGCCUCCAAGCAAGCCAGUGGUGCUGCAGGAAGAUGUCAAAGCAAGGAGUGUAUUGUUAUCCUGGGAACCAGGCAGUGAUGGGCUCUCCCCAGUCCGUUAUUACACUGUGCAAACUCGGGAACUCCCCGAUGGGAAAUGGGUGCUACAUUCUGCCUCUGUCAGCCAUAAUACCACAUCCUUCAUCAUCAACAGGCUGAAGCCUUUCACCACCUAUAAAUUCCGGGUCAAGGCAACCAAUGACAUUGGUGAUAGCGAGUACAGUGAAGAGUCAGAGUCACUCACCACACUUCAGGCCGGUAAGGAGAAGGCUCCCACUAUCUUGUCUGUGACACCACACACCACGACAUCAGUGCUGAUCCGUUGGCAGGCUCCAUCAGAAGACAAAAUCAAUGGCAUCUUGCUAGGUUUCCGCGUCCGCUAUCGGGAGCUGACAUAUGAAGGGGUGCGGGGCUUCACUGCACGCAGCAUCGGCAACCCCAGUGCAAAAUGGACAGAACUGACCUAUCUCAACAAGCACCAUCGCUAUGAGAUCCGAAUGAGUGUCUACAAUGCUGUGGGUGAGGGGCCCAACAGCUCACCGCAGGAAGUCUUUGUUGGAGAGGCUGUACCCACAGCUGCACCACAGAAUGUUGUCAUUCAAAGUGCCACAGCCACCCAGCUUGACAUCGCAUGGGAUCCCCCACCUCCUGAGGCACAGAAUGGAGACAUCCAAGGCUAUAAGAUCUAUUUUUGGGAGGCUCAGCGGCAGAAUGAAACUGAACGGGUGAAAACACUCUUCCUACCAGAGAAUGCUGUCAAACUCAAGAAUCUGACCGGCUACACAGCCUACCUGGUCAGCAUCCUGGCCUUCAACGCUGCGGGUGAUGGGCCCCGCAGUGCUCCCAUCAAAGGCAGGACCCAACAAGCAGCCCCAAGCUCUCCGGGCUCCAUCAAAUUCAGUGAACUCACCACCACCUCUGUGAACGUCUCUUGGGAUCCACCUCUCUUCCCCAAUGGAAUCCUUGAGGGCUACAGGCUUAUCUACGAACCCUGCAUGCCUGUGGAUGGGGUCAGCAAGAUUGUUACUGUGGAUGUAAAGGGGAACAGCCCUCUUUGGUUAAAAGUCAAAGACCUAGCAGAAGGUGUCACUUACCGGUUCCGGAUCAGAGCCAAGACCUUCACCUAUGGGCCAGAAGUAGAAGCCAACAUUACCACAGGACCAGGAGAAGGUGCUCCAGGUCCCCCAGGUGAGCCCUUUAUCUCCAGGUAUGGCUCAGCCAUCACCAUCCACUGGUCAAGUGGCGACCCAGGCAAAGGGCCUAUCACUAGAUAUGUUAUUGAGGCACGGCCUUCAGAUGAGGGGCUCUGGGACAUUCUUAUAAAGGACAUCCCCAAGGAAGUGACCUCAUAUACCUUUAGCAUGGAUAUUUUAAAACAAGGUGUCAGCUACGACUUCCGCGUCAUUGCUGUCAAUGACUAUGGCUAUGGGACACCCAGUGCUCCCUCCCCAUCAGUCUCAGCUCAAAAAGCAAACCCUUUCUAUGAAGAAUGGUGGUUCCUGGUUGUCAUUGCUUUGGUGGGACUCAUCUUCAUCCUCCUGCUGGUCUUUGUCCUUAUAAUCCGUGGGCAAAGCAAGAAGUACGCUAAGAAGUCAGACUCAGGCAGCAACUCCAAAUCAAAUGCACUUGGCCAUGGAGAGAUGGUCAGCCUGGAUGAGAGCAGUUUUCCUGCUCUGGAGUUAAAUAACAGGCGCCUGUCGGUGAAGAAUUCCUUCUGCCGGAAGAAUGGUAUCUACACAAGGUCCCCACCACGACCAAGCCCCGGCUCCCUGCACUAUUCAGAUGAGGAUGUCACCAAGUAUAAUGACCUCAUCCCAGCUGAGAGCAGCAGCCUCACUGAGAAGCCCUCAGAAAUCUCUGACUCACAGGGAAGCGACAGUGAAUACGAAGUGGAUCAGAACCAGCAAAAAGCCCACUCCUUUGUCAACCAUUACAUCAGUGACCCUACUUACUACAAUUCAUGGAGGCGUCAACAGAAAGGCAUCUCCAGAGCUCAGGCUUACAGUUACACAGAGAGCGACUCUGGUGACCCUGACCACUGCCCAAUGUCCAACAGCACCAGCACUCAACAAGGAAGCCUCUUCCGACCCAAAACUAGUAGGACUCCAACACCACAAACUCCAGUCAACCCUCCGAGCCAGCAGAGCACCCUUUACCGACCCCCCAGUAGCCUUGCCCCUGGAUCCAGAGCCCCUAUUGCUGGAUUUUCUUCUUUUGUUUGA